AACAAGACUUGGGUAGUGUCAGAUACAAGGCGGUCUCGUUAAGUCAACUCAAGUCAAGGCCUUUGACUGAAGUUUCCGUACACCGAUUGAGGACUAUUGAGCUUUGAAGGAUCUUCAGCGUGAGGUUGAGGACCAUGGAUGUGUUAUCAAGGGCUGUGAUGUGUUUCUGCUUGAUGGGCUGGAUGACUUUAGGAUGGAGUAAUGCUGCUCAGUACACAUCAAAUACCAUGAAGAGCAACAUAGACAAACUGACAGGCCACUAUACGAUCUCCAAGGACCAGCUGUUCAACGGGAACCCUGUUUUCCCCAAGGACACGUUUGAGGACAGUGAGCGGAGGGUGCUGAUGAGUGUGGUUCUGGACGUGUAUCUGAGUAUCUUCAGCCAGAUGCUGAACCAGACGGGGGACCAGGAAGUGAGGGACAGUCUGAAUUAUGUCAAGGGGAAAAUUCAGCAUCUCCAGAAACACUAUUUCCUGGGGAGGAUACCUGAGCUGAGGACACACCUGCAGAAUCUGUGGGCCGUCAAG